GCAGGGAUAGGCGGAUGCAGGGAUGCUCCCGGUCCCCGCCGACCCCCGUCCCGUCCCCGGGGUUCCCCGGCGGGCAGAGGGGUUUGCGGGACCCCCGGUCCGUCCCCGCCCCGCGUGGGCACCGCACGUUCUCCUGCCCCGCACCCGCGGGACCCGCGUCCCCGCCGCGCUCAGCCCUGCCCGGCUCCCGCUGGCCCUGCCGGUCCCUGCGUGUCCCGGGGAAGCUCCGGCGGGCGGUGCGGGGGGAUGUGACACGCACCUGUCACAGGUGAGCUCGUCCCUCGGGUCCCAGCGCGUUUUGUCACCGUAACCCUGUCCUGCUUUUCCAGGGCUCCGGACGCUGAGCUGCCGUCCCGGUGCUGGGACCAGGGCACCUGGAGUGGGGCUGUGCCAGAACCAGAAGGGCCAAACACUAAUUCCUGCAUCGCCCGGCUUGCUUUUAAUGAAACAGGGAAGGAAAAGCCAAAGGAAUUUUUAUGCAAACAGAGAGAAGCCGGGGUGCCCAGAAGGCUCAGCACUGCACAAGAGCUGUCCUGCUGUCCUAGGAGGGCUCACUAAGAUGCCCUUUCCUGCUGCCACGGGGUUGUGUUGGGACUGUUCCUUCUGAGAGUUGGACCGGGGGAUUGUUCCCAGAAAGGCUCACUGGGAUCAGCUGGAGACCUGCAGCACCCAGCUGAGCUCAGGUGCAAAGAAAGGGAGCAACCUGCCUUAUCUCUCUUGCUCACCCACCCACUGGUCAGAGACUCUGCCACACACCAGUCCCUGCAGGAGAGAGAUCUGCACUGGGGAGAAGACACAUUUCCAGCUCCUCUUGCCACUGUGGUCUCUGAAGCUCCUGUGUUACAGUGUUCCUGGGUCUGCCCCUUCUCUCCCAAGAUGCUGGGAAGGGUCCUGUGUGCAGCGUUGUUCGUGGGAGCCUUGCAGUCCCUGGCUAAGGCGUCCCAGGGCCACAUCUCCGUGGUCCUGCUGGGAGCCACGGGUGAUUUGGCCAAGAAGUAUUUGUGGCAGGGUCUGUUCCAGCUCUACAUGGACCAAGUGAGCAAUGGCCACAGCUUCACGUUCCACGGGGCCGCGCUGACGGCUCAGGAGCCGGGGGAGAGGCUGAUGUUUGAGGUGCUGAAGAAGCUGUCCUGCCCCCCGGACGAGGCCCCCAACAGGUGUGCUGUGCUCAAGGACCAGUUCCUGAAGCUGAGCCAGUACCACCAGCUGAGCAGUGCCGAGAACUACACUGCCCUGAGCAGGGAGAUCGAGGCCCUGCUGCGCCAGGAGGGGCUGAAGGAGGCUGGCAGGAUCUUCUACUUCUCGGUGCCACCGUUCGCCUACACGGAGAUCGCCCGCCACAUCAACAGCAGCUGCAGACCUCCCCCGGGGGCCUGGCUGAGGGUGGUGCUGGAGAAGCCCUUUGGCCAUGACCUGGAGUCGGCCCAGCAGUUGGCUGCAGAGCUGACGGGCUUCUUCAGGGAGGAGGAGAUGUACCGGGUGGACCACUACCUUGGCAAACAGGCUGUAGCCCAUAUCCUGCCUUUUCGAGAUCAGAACCGACAGUUUCUGGAUCCGAUUUGGAACCGACAUCAUGUGGAAAGAGUGGAGGUUGUCCUGAAGGAGACUGUGGAUGCUAAAGGCCGCACCAGCUUCUACGAGCAGUACGGGGUCAUCCGGGACGUGCUGCAGAACCACCUCACAGAGGCCCUGAUGUUCCUCAUCAUGGAGCUCCCGGCCAACGUGAGCAGGGCAGAAGAGGUUUUGCAGCACAAGCUGCAGAGCUUCCAGUCCUUGUGGGGCCUGGAGAAGAACAGUGCCGUGCUGGGCCAGUACCGGGCGUACGCCAGCCAGGCCCAGGAGGAGCUGCAGCAGGCACAGGACUACGUCAGCACGACACCAACCUUUGCAGGUGUGCUGAUCCGCAGUGACAGCCUGCGGUGGGAAGGGGUCCCUUUCCUCCUCACCUCUGGGAAGGCUCUGGAUGAACGGGUAGGUUAUGCCCGUGUUCUCUUCAAGAACAGGGCCUACUGCACUCAGAGUGAGACUCUGAGGGAUGCAGGGCACAGCCAGUGUAAAGCCAAGCAGAUCAUCUUCUACUUCGGGCACGGGGCUCUCAACACCCCUGCGGUGCUUGUGAGCAGGAACCUUUUCCGGCCUGUCAUGCCCAAAGACAGUUGGAAAGAAGCCGCGGCUCGGUCGGACCUGCACAUUUUUGGACAACCACUGUCUGAUUACUACGUGUACAGCCCUGUGAAAGAGAGAGAUGCGUAUUCUGUCCUCAUCUCCAACAUCUACCACGGCAGGAAGGAUUUCUUCAUCACCACGGAGAACCUGCUGGCCUCCUGGGGCUUCUGGACGCAGCUGCUGGACAGCAUCUCCCACCAGCCCCUGCGCCUCUACCCCGGGGGCGUGGAGAACCAGCACCUCCUCGACUUUGAGAUGGUGAGUGGGGGACUGGCAUUCACCCUGGCAGAGCCAGCGGAGCUGCUGAACCCCACCAGGCACAUGCCAAGUGAUUACAAGGCAAUCCAGUCCAAAUACCGGCAGAGUCCCCUGGUCUCGGCGUGGUCCGAGGACCUGAUUUCCCAGCUGGCUUCCGACAUGGAGGAGGCAGCAGUCAGGAGUGUGGCACGCUCCGGGCACUUCCACCUGGCCCUCUCAGGGGGCUCAAGCCCAGUGAUCCUGUUCCAGCGGCUGGCAAGGCACCACUACGGCUUCCCCUGGAAGCACACCCACAUCUGGCUGGUGGACGAGCGCUGUGUCCCCCUCACCGACAGCGAGUCCAACUUCUUCAGCCUGCACAGCCACCUCCUGCAGAGCGUCAGGGUGCCCUACUUCAACAUCCACCCCAUGCCCGUGCACCUGAACCGGCGGCUCUGCGUGGAGGAGGACAGAGGCACAGAGCUGUAUGCCAAGGACAUCGUGGCCCUGGUGGCCAAUGCCAGCUUCGACCUGGUGCUGCUGGGGGUGGGCACCGAUGGCCACACGGCCUCGCUCUUCCCCCGCUCGGAGAACGGGCUGGAAGGGGCUCCCACCGUGGUGCUGACUGAGAGCCCUGUCAAACCUCACCAGAGGAUGAGCCUUAGCCUACCCCUCAUCAACAGGGCCAGGCAGGUGUUUGUCCUGGUUUUGGGGAAGGGGAAGCACGACAUCACCACCCUGCUGAGCAGGGUGGGCCACGAGCCGACAAAGUGGCCGAUCUCGGGCGUCAGCCCCAGCUCUGGCCAGCUGGUCUGGUACGUGGAUUAUGAAGCUCUGCUUGGGUGAUGCCUUCACAGUGUCCCUCCUCCCUUGUCUGCGUGGCCUUUACAGCCUGGAUUUUCCUACACAAUGUCCAUGUUUUUCUGUUGCCAGCGGCAGCUUCAUCUCUGACGGGCUCCUCAGAGCUUCUGGGAUAUCCGUGGCCUGCAGCGCCUCUGACAUUUGAGCCUGAAGGGAGCUGGGCUCAGUGUUCAGAGCUCAGGAGGAGCCAGUGCGGCAUUUUUGGCUCUGCCAGGGAUUCUGACUGUGACUUUGGACAAAUUACCUCACCCUGAAGUGCCUCAGUUUUCCUGUCAGGCGUUUUUGCUUAUUGGCAUUUAACUACCUCGCAGGCACUACGGGAGACUUGUUAAAUUACCUGCCAAAUUUUUAAAAAAUUUCAUGUAAUUCUCAGGCUAAGAGACAAUAAUAACAUGUUCAUCCUGUGCCCUGCUCAGUCUGGCUGGGCCAGAGUCCUUGUCUCAGUGAAAGGAGGGUUGUGUGCACAGGGAUCUGGUGUCAGCCAGGCUCUGACUGUGCCCUCCUGGGAGCACGUUUGGCUUUUGUGCCAUGUGGCCCCUAAAUUCUGACACUGAUUUGUGAGCUCACUGCAGUCCUGAGCCUUUGCAACCUGCCCAGCAGCAGAGGCUGAGUCUAGAAGCACUAAUUUGCUGCUUUCAUUAAGUGGAUGGCUGAUACAGGGGGGAUGGGGAAGGAAGACAAACUGCUUUUUAGGCUGUUAAAAUAAUGGGGACAGGGUGAGGAAUAUGGCAGCUCACAGAGCUGUUGUUUGCCAGCAGUGCAAUAAUUAUUGAGGGGAAAGCUUGGUGUUCAGAGGAGUUGGUGGGCUUAGCUAGCAAAAAAAUGUUUUCUUUAGCUGUCUUUGCCUCAUUCUCUGAAAUGAACUUUUGUCUGUCCUCAGAAUUGAAGCUUGAAGCGUCACACGGUGGCUUGUAGAAUUUCUGUGGGAGGCAGCUUUAUAAACUCCCAACAUAUCCAUGAGUACAGCACACACUGAGGUAGAUCCACUGUUUGCAGAUGGUGGUGGUGGUGGUGUUUGAACUCGUGGGCACUGACUUACAAGGGAGGGGAUUUUCUCUGUACACAUCCCUUAAGGCACACGGAACCAGCAGAGUGCACCUCUGACAGCACAGCAUGAGCUGGCUGUAGGAAUGUGUAGUUCUGCUGCUCACAGGGAGGGUUGGAGACAUCCAGUCCUACCCAGAGACCCCACUGUCCCCUUCCUAAUCUUCUAAUGUUCACCUUCCCAGGAUGCUGCCACGCAUGAGGCGUGCCCUGUGCUUUCAAGGUAUCCCCAAAUGCUCCGUGAUCUCCUCCAGUGGGUUAUUUACCUUUGGAUUAGUGCCUUAACUGCUCUGGUUUGACAGCUGGGAUGGCUGGUUAUCCCUCUUUUGUGGGUGCCUGUGACUAAGUUUGCUCCUGCCUGUGUCCUGGUUGCAGGCAGGAUUAACCAGAGGGUGAAAAUAAACCCCAGGGGAGGAGAGGAGAACAGGGAGCAGGAGGAAGGUGAGCUCUGCAGGCUUUGCUGCGGGACUUGCUUGUCCAGUGGAGUCUGGAAUAAGAGCACAAGUCCAGGAGUUCAUUGGAAUAACCCUCUCUGUAGAGUGGUUCCAGAAUAUACCACAGUGGCAGGAACAGCUGUGCUGAAGAACAGGGUUUGGGUCUGGUACAUCCACGAGUCUCAACAUCAUUUUUUUAUUUUUAAACGAAAAGAUCCAUUAACUUCUAUCCAGGUCUUUUGUGUUUGGUAUAAGGGAACAAGUUCUAAUGAAAAAUUGACCUAUAUGAGAGUAACUGUUUUGUUAUGAAUGACAGGAUUUAUGACUGUGUUACAGGUGACUGUGGCAUUGGUGUUUUCCUGGUUUUGCACACUGUCUUUUUAAUAUCUUGCUGGCACCUUUUGAAAUAAAUGCUAAGGGGUUUAUUUGCACUUUUAAGUAAGCACAUAUUUUUUUUCCCAGGGAGCCUCUCUUCUUUCCAGCUGAAAAUAGUGUUUAUUUGUGAAGUCUCUAUCUAGUGGGUCAUCCCAAAAUUAAUCCCAGAUUUUAUUAAAAUCCAUUGAAAGCUUCCACAUGUUUUCCUCAGUGAACACAGCUGUCUGGGUUGGUUGGUUGGGGAGUUGGAACUGCAUUUUAUUUUUACACAGAUAAUUCCUUUAAAACUCUUUAAUAAUUAGCAUUUGCCAAAUGAAAAACAAGUAUUUUUGAAUAUACAAAAUUUAUGACUGGAAAGAGAGAUACUGUGGAUAGGAAGAAGGGUUAAAUGAGCAACAAAUCUGAUGAGGAGGAAUGGUAGAAAUCCACUGGGCUCUAGGCCAAGGAAGCAGUGCUAUUUUUAUUUUGUGAAAGCUAUAAAUAGGAGGUGUGCACCUUCUUGAGAGCUUGUAUUAACCUUUCUUUGCAAAAGCAACUCCAUGGAGUAAUUUCUUACAGUCUGUUUCUCCUUUAAGUGAUUAUUGAUACCAAUUUUAUUAAUUUUUUAAAUGUCAAGUGCAUUCCUAGAAUUCGAUGGUAUGAUUAUUUAUAUGUUUUACAGAAAACUAACACUGGAAAUAAUUCAUUUUUCACUUCAACUUUUAUAAAUCAAGUCGUAAAAUCUUUUUUUUUCCGAUGAGCAAAGUUUUGUGAUUCCUUUCAUGUUGUUUAAGGAAUAAAAGAGAAUUAUAUUUAUAGAAAAUAAAUAAUUUUUAACAAGAA